UUUAUUUAGAAACCGAAUUUAGGAUUUGCUUAAUGCUUGGUUCAAUGGAGCAUGGAUUCCAUUUUGGUAAAGUAUUGGAUGAUUCAUUGUGAAGUCUCUGCAUUGGCUUUUAGCUUUGGCGUGAUUGAUUUACUCAUUUUUGUUUAUUGUUUGAUCAGUGACAGGGAACCUUGGAAUUGGCAUGAGGAGAAUUAUGGUGUUCAAAAUAACAAUGAUUUUGGUGCCUCCCUAGGUGAAUUGAAUCAAGUGACCUUGAACGAGGAAGACCUUUCCUACAUGUGUGAUGAAGCAACCCCUGUUAAGGAAUGUGGGGAUCUAUCAUAUCACAUUACUCUUAAUGAUAAUACGAGCAAGGAAUCAGAGGAUAUAAGGGAGACUGCUUCACAAUUUAAAAGGCGUAGAAUGCUUCAAUUUGACACCCAUGCAGCAGAUUCUUCCCUUAUGUGUGACGAGAUGCCAAUGCCAUCUGCUUUCCUAAAAUCAAGGGAAAGGGAUAAUUUGAUUGAAGAGGUCGCAUCUGAGUGGGUUUAUGGAUUUUCAGAAAAUGCAUCAGCCUCUAGUUAUGAGGGCCUAGAUCAGUCAUGUGAAGGGUGGUUUGCUGAAUAUUUUAAUGAUGCGGAGAUGCUUCUUAGCGCUGAUGAUAUGAAUCUUGCUGGUGCAUCUGAUAUUCAAAUUGAUACUUCAGAGUUCUGCCUUCCCCAACCUGAGUCUGGGGUUGAUGCUGUUCAAAAGGAGGCAACUCGAACUCUUGGAAAUGUUAUUCUCAAAGGUAGGAAGUCUUUCAUUCGGAUGCCUCCUAAGGAAGCAUCAUCUGUUGCCUACCCAUUUGCUUUCAUUAAACCGUGUGGUUUCCACGGAGAUGUUACCUUGAAGGAUAUAAACCAGCGAAUCCAAACUCCACCACCAUCAAAAUCAAAACAAAGCAAUGAAGAUCUUGCUGAUGCUUUCCCAACUUCUGUUUUUUCUGGGAAGCCUGUUGUUGGCAAAACUAAAAUUCGUACCGAUGGAGAAAAAGGCAGCAUCACAAUUAUGAGAACCAAAGGCUGAGUAGAUAAGUGUUCUAUCUUGGUUAAAUAUGGUGGUUCAUGUAUCAUUCCUGGAUUGACACUGCAUUUUUCGUCGGACUCCUGGAAUUCAUAAAACGCAUCAAAGUGUUUUAUGUUUCCAAAAUGGUAGAACUCUACAGGUCUAAUAUUUGUCUAAUAAUGUGCUUUAUAUUUUGAGGCUAUAAAUGACGUGAUAUUCGAGAUUCGCUUAUUUUCUUCCCGUGUUGGAAAAGAGCUGAUCAAUGCUUUCACCAGAAGAAUUUCUGUAUUCACAUAGUAUAUUUAGAUAUGUUUUAGAAGCAUAAGAUUUCAUUAUUAUAUUGAAGUAUAAAUGGUGAUCGGCAUCAAG